CCGUCGGGCAGUGCGGUGCCACAACAAUGGCAGGAGGCUGUAGGGGGAUUGACACGUAGGAAUGGCAUUCAGUUGCUAUGUUGAGAGAUAACAGCAAGAUAUUUUAUUAAAAAAUAGCAGCAGAUCUCCUUUAUUCAGCUUUUGGUUGAUAUGCCAUUUGGUUUAAGCCUGUAUGCACCAAUCAGCCCAAGUUUUAUUCGAUAUGAGAGUUCUCUGUCGUAUGAACUGAAAGGUUGCGAUCGACUGUGUUAGAACUCUAAAACACCUGACACAUAGUGUGUUAGUAACAGUUUAUGACGGCGGUGUUUCACCAUCAGAUCUGGCUUACUGCCGAUGAUCACUUGUUGAUGCCAAAAGAACCAGCUAGCCAUAGAGAAAACUAUGUCAAACGUUAUUCCAAUAGUGUCAUCAAGCCCUCCACCUCUUGAUGAUCACCCAUCUUAUGGCUGGGGGGAUGAUGAUGAUGAUGAUGAUGACUUUGGGAAUUUUACCAGUGCUCCUUAUGCAGGGGUGUCAAGCAGUGGUGACUCAGUGGCUACAAGUGAAUUUGAUGCUGACUGGUCUCAGGUCAACCUUCAUUCUGCUUCAGAGUCAGAUCAGAGUAGAGAAUGCACACCUGCAGAGGACAAGAUCCAUGCCAUGGAGGAAGAGGGAAAAGCUGCAGGUAGAAUUGAGACAGCAGAUGAGAUGGUUGCAUGUGAUCCAAUUGAAAAUGGUAUAAAUGGAAAUGAAACUGAAGGUGAUGACUUCGCUGAUUUCUCAGGUUUUCAGAGCGUUAACAAUAGCAAACCAUGUUGUGGGUCUCUGCCUUUAGAGAUAUCUGAAGGAUGUGAGCAGGAAAACUCAGAUGGAGUUGGACAAACAGAACCAAAAGCAAGCGAGGAGUGUGAUGAAAAGAACUUGGCUACUUCACAGACAGGGGAGCCAGUCAUGCAAGAGUCAACUACUGAUUCUGGAAUGUUCAGCACUGAUAUGUCGCCUGUUCCAAAAUCUGACAGCAUUCUGUCAGACUGUGACAAAAACAUGCCUUCAGAAGAUGAAACAAUUUUGGACCUACCACAAGAUGGCCAGCAGGCCAGUAACAGUUUUCACCCAGAGGAUGAUUUUAAACUAGUAGCUACAGCUGAUGAUGCCUUCAGUGUAGGGACAUCAGGGCUAGGUGACAGCAGUAGGUCAGCUACACCAGAAACCAUGCUCAACAGCACUAGUCUUGAAGAAGGUGUGCCGGCAAAACUUUCUCGACAAUCUUCACAAGAACUGGAAGAGAUUCAGGCAUCUGUUUGUCAUCCUCCUGAUCUUUUGCCUGAACAAGAGAAUGCAAAGGUACAGUGUAUUCAAGAACAUAAACAGAGAAGUGUCAGUGCAGAGUGUUGUGAUGCCUUAAGCUCUGAUCUUCCUUCCCAAGCUGAUGUUUCAGAUGCAGAAACCAGCAAAAUUACCAUUACUAGUAACAGACUUGAAAGUGGCUCCAAUUCACCCAUAUAUGAACACUCCAAAGGUACUGAAGAUAAAGUUGCAGAAAUUUCAGAAUACAAGGAUUUGACAGAGCAUGAAGACAAAACUGUUCCAGAUUCUUGCUGCAUGACUGAGACAUUUGAUGAUAAAUCUGUUGAUGUGUGUAGUGGUGGAGAUGAUGAGGAAGAUAAUGAUCAGUUUGAUAGUGACAGCAACGAUGAGUGGCCAGGUUUUCAACACUCCUCUCAUCAAAAUUCAGAGCCUGAAGAUUUGGUGCUCAAGACAGAAAACCUAAAAGAGGAGGAUGGUGAUGAUUUAGAUUUUGAUGAUGAUGGCACUUUUGGCCAAUUCUCAUCUCUUAGUGAUGCAGAUUUACCAGAAUUGAAGAAAAUAGAUGCUAGUCGUCAGAUGAAGUGUAACAGUCCACAGAUCAGUGAUCAUGUUCAGGUUGAGCCAGAAGCUGGCAGAGAAACUGAAGAUGGUGAAGAUGCCAAUAAUGAUGACUUUGGUGACUUUAGGGGACCAUGUAGUCACAAGACAUCAGCAACAGAAGAACCCUUGGAUUUCAGCUCUACUCAAACUGAUGAAGAGACAAUAAAACCUGAUGAUGAAUUUACAGAGUUGAGGUCAUUUGAGAAUCAAGCAGCAGAUGAUGAUUUUGGUGAUUUUUCUAGCGAGACUAAAAACAACUUAAAUGAAGACAGCUUUAGUUUUGGAAAUUCCAGUGAGCACCAAGCAGUCAGUGAUGAUGCAGGCUGGGCAGACUUCAGCAAGCCUGCAGAAGAAAAGUUUGCUAGUAAUGAUGACUUUGGGAACUUUGCCAUGGAGGACCCCAGUUCAGCUCUGCAGACUGGUUCAGAAUCCAGUUCUACAACAGCACAUUCAAAAAUUCAAGGGAGCAGACUUAGUCAUGCACUAGCAAGUUGCUUCCCUCAUAAUGGACCUGAGACCAGCACGAUAAAAAGCUUAUCAGAAGCAGGGAGUCCUGAGAAUGCUCAAGAUACUACACAAGGGAAAGAUGGGAUUGGGUUGCUAGAGACAAUCAUACACUUUGGACUUAACUACAAAGCAGCCAGCCUGCAGACAUGGGAAGUUGUGGAACAUCCAUCAAAAAAGGAUCCAUGGGUGCGACUUUGGAACCACUUGAAAGACAUAGAUGGAACACCAGCAGUGGUAUACCAGUGGCUUAAAUCAUCAUGCAAUUCUCAUCUUUUCAAGACUUUAUGCAUCGAUACACAAAAUAUGCUGAUUGGCCAUAAGAAGCCAUCUGUGCCUAUCUUUGCCACUGGUCUCAGCUUGCUGGAGCCUAUAAGAGGCAGUGGUGGAGAAAGGCGAAACAAAAAUCAACAUGCAAGCACCAUGGGAUCUACACUUGUAGAUCCAAGUCAACAAGAGCCUGAAAAAUUUCAGCAGGAGAUUCCAGCAGUAGAUUUUGACUGGAGUUCAAGUGGUCUAACCAACCCACUGACAUCGAAGAGCCUAGACUUAGAUUUUCUUGUUGUGCAGGAGAGCGAAACUUUUGAAAAGCCUUCAGAUGAGUGGGACUGGGUGUUUGAAUCUGAACUUCUGGAUGCACCAAGGGCUAGUGUCAAAUCUCUGCAGCCUCUGGAGGACAUUUUGAAGAAUGUCAAACCCACCAGUGUUCGCAGCCGCAGAGAUGGCAGCUCCGCCUCAAAGAUGAGCCCCGAGGCAGCGCGCAUCAUUGCCAACCUGCCAGAUCUGACUUUCAUGCAAUCAAAAGUACUCAUGUUUCCUAUCAAAAACUGAUCUUUUUGUGGCAUGGAAUUUCAUUUGUACUUGUCUGUGCAUGAGAGAAACAGUUAAGUAACACAUCUGCUAUCAUAUAAAAAUAUGAUCAUUGUUUGCAGACAUAAAGAGGUGUAAAUCUGAGUACAUCUCAUGCUAUUUUCAUGAAUGUACAAGGCAUCAUGUUUAGAAUGUUUUGUAACGGUGCAGGACUGACUGUUGAAAUUCACAGGCAGGCCUAAGACAAUACAUGCUAGAAUAAUAAGACAUUAGUCAAACUUGUCUUUAUCAUGAUAGAUCAUGAAAAUAAACGCAUCAAACCUGCAAAACUUAGUGGAGUAGGUGAGGAUGCUGUGAGCAAUCUAUCUGAUCCUGAUAGGAAAUCAGAAAAUAAUACUGUCAAAGCUUUAGACUCAUUAUUCACUGACAUGUUUGGACAAUCCAUUGUCCGCAUCGCUUCAGUCUGUGGGGAUUUCCAAAGAAGUGAAGCUAUGCACUGAUAUCUGCUAUUUUGUCUUGAGCAAAAUGUUCAAAUAACACGAGUGUCAAAACAGAUAUUUUUCAGAAGCCAAACCUGGGGCAUUCCAUCCACCUUGUUAGUGAGAUUAACUUGUGAUAAUGUGUUAAAAGUGAAGGGAGUGUGCUGUUGUAUGUCUGCUGUUAAGCUAAUCACCCUCAACCAAAUACAGCUGUAAUAUCACUGGUUGAUUCACUACUUUUGCUGCCAUCAUUGCUGUCACUGUGAUCGCCAGUCCUUUUUGUUCGCACAUUAUUUCUUCCUCCCGUUUCACUGUUGUUUAGAUUGGUGAUUAUGCACAUUUGUUUUUUUUUCUCUGAAAAAAUGUUUUUUUGUCUACUAGCUAUUUAUUUAGCAAGUUAUUUUCUCCAUACAUCAGGAGCUUGUUUUUUGUCUAAAAUGAAUGCUUCUGCUGCCUAGAUGUGUCAGUCUGUGAAAACUGUGCUUUUUGUGACAGAAGUAUGGUUUUUCCUCCUAGAGAAGACAUAGGUUUCACCUGUGCUGCGUUUUCUGUCCUUUUGAUGACAUAAGCAGAUUAUGUAUUUGUUGGUUUUGUGAAGACUGGGUAACAGCAGCUGGAUGCAAGAAAAGACCAGCUACUGAAAGAAAAGCAAACAUCACUUUGUACACUGGCACAUUUGUGCUCAUUGGCAAAUCAGUACACUUUUUGACAGUUCUCUGAACUGUGACUGUAAAAAUAUUGAUGGGGAAAAUAGUGAUUGUGAUGACAAAAUGUGUUCCGUGCUGAAGCAGAUUGAAAAUGAGAUUGUAGUUGCACUGACAUCUAACAAAUAGCUUUUUUUUUACCCUUGUGGAUAAGGCUUUGUUGUGUUAAAAUGCCUUUCUUCCUCCCAUCUCCCCUACACACCAGGAAAAAACUGAAGCAUUCUUCUUUCAUGUUGAGGUGAACUGUGAUUUCAGGCUUCAUGUUCUUUAUUAUUUCAUGCUGCUUAUUGGCAGAUUUUCCAUAAAAUCACUGGUUAGCGGGUUUUGGGUAGUAAAUGUUUCUGUGAUAUAUAUAAUAUAAAUUGCGUUUUAUUGGAGACCAGAAUUUAGAAUUAUUGCUUUCAAAAACUCUCAUAAACUUGUCAUGUCAUUCAAACUGCUUAAUUUAAAAAAAAAAAUAUGGGGAUCGGUGGGGAAAAUUGUGGCUUCCUUUCACAAAGUAUUAGCGUCCAGUUAGUUUCCACCAGUUUAAAAAAAAUCGGUGGCAAUAUGUGCAAUACAUAUAUACCAAUACAUACAAAAUGUGUUUGUCAUUCUUGCUUUGCAAUCUUAGUACAUAUAUAAUCCCAUUAUUUAAGAAUAAUUAAUUGGAAGGUAUAUUAAUGAUGUACUUGAAUCAUUUAAUCAGUGGAAUUUCAGUUGAUGAAAAAUCACUUGAAUGUACAUUUCUUAAGCCAUUAAGAUGAUUACAUAACAUUAUUUGUAGAGAUUUGUUAAGAAGAAAGUAUGUGACAGACUUGCUUCACUAAUUUUUAUUUUGUCAGUCUGUUGGUGGGUGUCACCAGGUAUGGCUAUGCCUUGAAGUAUGAUAGUAUCCUGAAAGAUAUUUUGGUAUGUUGAAAUGCAUCUGAGUGCAUAAAGAUCUGGCUACUGAGGGCCAGCAUAUCUGGUGUUAAUGGGAAAGUGACAUUUUAGCAGUCUCAUCACGUAGCUUAGUAGCACAUAAAUGAAGCCAAAGAGGAGUCAUUUAAGCUGGAGUCGCUUCAGCUAACUGGCAAACUUCAUGAGCAAACAUGACCAGGCAGCAUACAGAUCAUGUUGCAUCCUGCAAGUUAGUAGAUGUGACAAGAGUAGCUUUUGAUGCAUUUAACUCCAACAUAGUGUAGGCCUUCAUUUGUCAUUGCAAUUUUCCCAUCCUGACGAUCAUAUUUUAUUGCUCCUAACCACACUGCCCUGCCAGUCAGGUGCAUAAAGUAUCAGCAAGUUUAACAGACAAGAGAUAAAGGACAAACAUAGACACAUUCAAACUGUUGGGAAUCAAGUGGUGACAAGCAUGGCAUCUGUCAUGAACAUUUACAGUAACGAUUGUAUUCAUCAGCAUUCCAGAGACAGGCCACAUCCAUUAUUGGGCAACGAAGACCGAUGAAAGGGGGUUGCUCCACUUUUUUUCUUUUUUUUUUGUGCUUUCCUUCCAUAUCAUGCUCGCUACUGACGCUCAACUUCGAGGCUGACAUAUGCACCUUAAAGACUUAACUGCCACUUAAAGUAGUUUAGCAGAAUGACAGUUGUUAGACUCCUUUUUGCUCCCUCACAUUGUCAGUCUCUCUCAAGCCUAUAUUAUUUGCAUCUAAAAAAAGAAGACAAAUGAUACAAAAUUGGCAGCAUCAACAGAAAGAUUAAAAUACCAUGAAGAUAUUGUAGGACAAUGCCAUUUCAGUAAUUAUUAAAUGUAGUUUGGUGAUUUCAUGACUAAAAAAAACCCCAACAUUAAUGACAUUUUUUAAUGACAAGAAAGUUAGUUCCCAUUGUGUAGUACAAAUUCUUGCUCUUGCUUUGAUGUUACAUGUGUGGGUCAAGGUGUUUAUGGAUGUUUGUGUGAAAUACACGAGUGUCUUGUGAAUACAAAGUAUUGUUAAUGAGAGGAAAUAAAAGUACUUUACAAAGUAAA